AUGCCCAAGGCGAAAGGCAAAGGUGGCAAGAACCGCCGUCGCGGAAAGAAUGAUGACGGUGACAAGCGUGAGCUUGUAUUCAAGGACGAGAGCCAGGAAUACGCGCAGGUCGUAAAGAUGUUGGGCAAUGGCCGUCUCGAAGCGAUGGGCUUUGACGGUGAGAAGCGCUUGGCCCACAUUCGUGGCAAACUGCGCAAGAAGGUGUGGAUCAACACCGGUGACAUCAUCCUGCUUUCGCUGCGUGAGUUUGAGGAUGGCAAGGCCGAUGUGAUUCAGAAGUACACGCCCGAUGAGGCACGUAGUCUGAAGCAAUACGGUGAGCUGCCUGAGACGACCAAGAUCAACGAGGAGGCCUUUGGUGACGACGAAGGUGGCGAGAUUGAGUUCCAGGAGGCGAGUGACGAGGAGGACGAGGACCUUGAUGACUUGUAA